GUCAGUGCCGCCGGCUGCCCCCGGACAGACAUCCCAGCAGCCCCCGCGCCAGCCUCCACGCCAGACGGCCACUCCGGAACACCGCCAGCGAGAUGCCCCCGCUAGUGGUGCGCUCGUGGGCGUGUACGUUGGCGUGCGUGGCGCUCCUAGGCUGCUUCUUGAGCUCGCCAGCCCCGUGCUCGGCCAUGGUGCUGGGGCACUACGUGGGGCACGUAGCCCACCACCCGCUGUCCAAACGCUCCUUCUUCGACAUCCAGUGCAAGGGCGUCUACGACAAGAGCAUCUUCGCGAGGCUCGACCGCAUCUGCGAGGACUGCUACAACCUCUUCAGAGAACCGCAGCUGCACUCACUAUGCAGGAAAGGCUGCUUCACGACAGACUACUUCAAAGGCUGCCUGGAUGCGCUGCUACUUCAGGAUGAGAUGGAGGACAUACAAUCCUGGAUAAAACAGUUACACGGGGCGGAACCAGGGGUUUAGGGACGAGUGCUACAGUACCGAAUACUUCAAAGGGUGCCUAGAGGCUCUCAUGUUGACGGAGGAGGAGGCCAGACUCGAUGGGAUGAUUGAAUAUCUGAGCGGACGGGCCUCUAGCGGCCUCGCUUUCAAGUCAAGAGUAGUACCAGUAGCAAGCUAACCUAUCCCCACCACGCCCACCCCGCUAUGACGCUAUGACACCCUACAAACUUAUUCUAGUCCUCAAGAUGGUGAACAAAAUGCGACUCAAUUGGGCUCACCCAGUGUAUUUUAUUUAAAUUAUUAAUUAUUAUAGUUAUUAUUAGUAUUAUAUCAUAAAAUGUUUAUAAGAUUGUUAAGGUCUUGCGUACAAACUAACUAGUGCUGCAUUUGUGAACAACAAAUGAAUCAUCCCUACCUUUAUCUUGCCGAGCUUAUGCAAAGCUAUUUAAGCCUUCCUGCAACCUCCCGAUCCCUCUGACUCAUGUUACUCGCAGCGAAAGUUGAAAUUUUGUUUAUGUAAAAUAGGAUUGUGUGAAUGUAUCAGUGAAUCGUCCACCAACAGCUCUUCGAGAGCCAAAUGUAAUGUCUAAAUUAAGGUUCGAGUUUGGUUUAAGGGUUUGUUUGAAUGGCGGUCCGUAUGGAAUGUAUGCAAAAGUGUAAAUUUUUUCAACAGUUUUCUAAUGUGUUUUAGUCGCUUCAAUACUGAUCAUAAUGUUAGUAAACAUCUGAACCGAAUUACGUGUGCGUUAAGUGGUUACUGUACCUGUAUACGUUUCAGCUAUAGUCUUGUAAACUAAUCUAAGAAAAUGGUUUAUUUUUAAUAAUAGAGGGCGUCAGGAAUUUCGCUUGGAGGUCCCUGCUUCCUCGAUGAAUGAAUAGUUUCAACUUCAGCAGUGACUGUCAGCUGGAAGAGGUGCUAUUUAGAGAAAGAGCUAUGUUGCACAGCAACACCACUCUUUUUACUACAAAAUAGCAAAAUCUAUAGUCACAACAGUAGUCCACUACUAUAGUAGCGAUGUAACAUCAAACCUUAAGCUUCCAGCUUUGAUAUAAAAAAUUCAGUUUCGUUCUAGUAACAAUGCUAUGGGCUCAUUUGGUACUUAUUUGACAGCCUCACACUUAACAACCAUGUUUUGUUGUUGUUAUUUUAUUAUUGCAUUUUUAUAUGAUUGUAAAUUAGUGUCCUUCUGGUCUUUUAUGAGCUAAAAUGUACAGGGCUGGUGGAAUAUUUAACCUCAUCUAAAAAUAUUUCGAGAACGAUCUAGUUCAACAACCAUUACAGACCUGAUGAAGCUUAUAAAAUGGUGAAAGUUAAAACGACCCGCCUUAGAAUCCUAAUCGCCUUUACUUUGUGCAAUGGCAAAGCUAGGAUUGAUUUCUUAAUUGCAAAAUUUGACUCGCGGUAAAACAAGUCACUUUCACAUUCUUUUAUUUAGCCCACGGCGAAACAAAAAAAAAAAUUUAUAACGUUUAUUCGCCGAGAAGGAAAGUGCGGCACACUUAUUCUACCAGCUCUGUUCCCUGGGAAAGUAAGUUUCCUUCGAGUUUGGCCGUGUGGCUGUGGCCGAGCCGAAGGAAAUGCCCAACGGACGGUCACGCUCAGUAUUACAAAACAAUCUCAAUAAAUCGGAUUAAGUUAAAAGCAUCGUGUGCUUUCUUUUUACUGUGUGUAGUGAAUGUAAGAUGUGGGUGGGAUAAACUGUUGUAAGUCUAUGAGCAUUCCAAUCUCUGUCCCACCCGUAGCAGUUCCUUUUAUUUCAUCAUGUUUAAGUGACCAAAGAGCUAAGCCGACAAUAAUAUAAAGCAGUUUUUUCUAAUAAACA